GUGCUAAACCGCGUGCGUGUGACUCGCUGAUCGCAGUCGAGUGAAAGAUUUCGUUGCGUGCGGAAGCAAGUAACCUGCUCUCCGCGACGGAUGCUUAGUAACGCUUAUUCAAGUGGUGGUUCUUUUUCCAGGAUUAGCCUUUUUAAUUCCAGCAAUGUCAGGAUCUUGAGCAGCUUGGAAUUCCAAUUCAAAUCAACGAUUACAUGUGAUGAAUAUUCAUAGGUGAGCAAACGAAUCCAAGAAGAGAGAAAAAAUAAAAGAAAAACGUUGUGACUCUUGAGCCAACUGCAAAUCAGACAGCGGUUAGAACGUCUCGUGGCUGACGACGGUGACGGUGAUCGAAAGUGAAAAAUAACCUUUAACGCUUGGGACUCGUGCGCGAUUCGGCUGGAGUUUGCGCGGGCGCGAAGUGGUACGCCUGUAAGCGUUCUUUGGGAGUUGCAGAGUUGUUUCGAAUUGUGCGCCACAAACGCAUACGGCACAGACCGACGAGAUCGACGUCGAGUGUCGCGAUCCUUGCUGGUGUUUCUUGGUGGAAAUAAUACAAAAAAUAAAACCAUUACACCUACUUGCGCCCCUUGGCCGGCCGGUGGCAACGUUAAAGAGGAAAAGGCGACUAUAAAUAAACUUGUGCCAAGAUUCCGUCAAAUCGAUGUCGCUUGAACUGACCAAACUACAUUCACUAGUUGGAUAAUUUGAAUUAGAAUUACAGUGUUGGAUCGCACGACGCCUUAGUGAUCGCAAUGGACGAAUCGACGUCGUCCAACAAUGACCAUUCCGCAGCCGCGGGAGAUAGCUAUGCUUUUAGAAAUGAAAUAUCCCUCUCUAUUGGAGACGAGGAUCACAACUCGGGAACCAACAGUACCGCAAUUCCAACUCCAUCGCCUCGGCAUGUCGAGAUCCCUGUGGACAACAGCGAGUACACAGCCUUGAAGGACAGUGGUAAAAAGGAUGAUGGUAAAAUGAACGGAUUGGAUAAUCCGGCGUUCGAGCCGGAGAAGGAUAAACGGCCGCUCAGUUCGUUUGGCCAUUCGGGGGAAAAGUCGCUCAGCGCAAGCUCGAUCAAUGGGAAACUGUCCGGGGAGAAACCGAUGGCGGAGGCCGUCAAUCUGGAGUUAUUGAAUAUGUCCAAACCGGCCAACGGGCACCAGAAUGGAGCGGAAGCUCUACCGGUGAAGAAGGAUACGGAGGUUGAUAUUGGAGACCCCUACGACGAGUACUUUGUCCCGGUUAACGAACAUCGGAAAUACAUGAGCGUUUCGUUUCAAAAACCACGCCGUCAAGGGUACAUCCAUCAAGACCACGGUGUAGACUACACCGGUCACUCGGUCAAUGAGCCGGCGCACGGAACAGUGGACUAUAAACAGUGGACCAAGAUCACGAGAGGGGAGAAGCUGUAUGUAACCAAGGACAAACGGGACAAGAAAAAGAAGAAUUGGCUUUGUUGGCUGCUCGGGCUAGGCGUGCUGCUGGCCGUAAUAAUAGUCGCUAUUUUAGCCGGAUCGGGUGUAAUAUUCAACGAAAACCCAACCCCUGUUGAAUCGAGAAACUUUGAUCCCAAUCGUGUUGCCGCUGCCGGAAUACUGGGAUCUGGUGGAUCGGCGAGUAAUGAAACGGGAACGACACAAUAUCCGGCAACACCGGGUCCGCCAGGAUCGACGGUUCCGCCAAUGCCACCGACCACCGAGGAAAACAUUGUUUACGUACCAAAUACGAUCGAGGGUCAGAUUACGCUGUCCAAUCUAGAGUUCUUGGACGACUAUCGUAACCCGAACAGUUCGGCUUACAGUACGCUGGUGGCGGAACUGGAAGAGGAGAUACGAGAGAGCUUGAACGUUCCGGAGUCACGCGAGGAGUUGUUUGUUAAGAUUAUGAACUUGAAACCUGGAUCAGUUGUUGUGGAUUAUCGCGUGAGCUGGGAUAAUUUAAAGUCACCUCUUACAGUUGACACUUUGAAGGAUCGACUGAUGAACUACCUCUCGAGAAAUCAGCAGUACCUGAGCACCUACAUUGUUCCAGUGAAUACGAUUCGUGUUGCCAGAUUACCCGAUAUGUGCUGGACAGCGCCUGAGGAAAUGAAUUGUGAAUCCGGUUGUAAGUUUAACGCCCGGCUAGGAGAUUUUGUUUGCACAUGUCCGAACGGAAUGCGCUUGAACAAUGAUGACGGAAAGACCUGUUACACACCCGUUCCACAGCUUUCGACUGAACGUGCUGCUGAGCCGGAACCAGAACCAACAAGCGAACCUGAACCGAAGCCUGCUCGAGAGCCAUCUAGCGAACCGGAGCCUUCCAGCUCACCUGAAUCUUCCAGUGAACCGGAACCUUCGAGCUCACCCGAGCCUGAACCGUCAAGUCACGCACCUUCCGCUGAAUCUGAGCCUGUAAGUGAACCGGAACCGAAGAGCGAGCCGGAACCCACGAGUGAACCGGAACCUAAGAGUGAACCGGAACCAGCAAGCGAACCAGAGCCUUCAAGCUCACCGGAGCCAGAACCCUCUAGUUCUCCCGAACCGGAACCUUCUAGUGAACCGGAACCGUCAAGUGGGCCGGAGGUUUCAAGCUCAACAGCCAAAACCACAACGAAGUCAGAAAGCUCUGGAAAACUGGUAUUUGAACCUACACCAGAACCUGCUAGCGAGCCAGAACCGACAAGUGAACCGGAACCCGCCAGCGAACCCGAGCCUGCUAGCGAGCCAGAGCCCGCAAGUGAACCAGAACCUACCAGUGAACCUGAACCUGCCAGCGAACCGGAACCAUCAAGUGAACCCGAGAAAUCAUCCUCCAACCAGUCGGCGAAACUGCAAAUCACUGGUGUCCCGUCCUCCUCUACUGCUGAACCCGAACCAGUUAGUGAACCGGAACCAGCCAGCGAGCCAGAGCCCAGUAGUGAACCAGAACCCAGCAGCGAACCCGAACCCAGUAGUGAGCCAGAACCAACCGGUGAACCAAACCCGAAAAGUGAAGUAGAGCAGAUCAAAUCCACAACUUUGGAAACAACAAGCGUCCGAGGCACGACAAUAUCCGCUGGAAUUGACCUUUACAAACUGCAGUCAACCACCGAGCAUCAAACUUCCCAAAGCACAACCACCAAUAAGUUGGAGGAAGAACACACCAAGCCUGAUUUCAUGAUCGUCGAUGAAAACGCCACAAAGCACUCCAGCGGUGCGGAACUGAUCGUAUCCACAUCUCCGAAAUUGAUCUUCGAAACGCCAGCUCCGGUUACGGAAAUGAUCGAAGAUGACACUCCACAACCAACGGUCGGAUCCUACCUGAUAGCCGGUAAAACCAACAAAACUCCCAUUCGCGAGCCCACAAACGUUUUCGAUGCGCGAUCGUUGGAGAAUAAUGAAACCGAAACGAGCAGCAGCUCGGUGUACGCCACGUCCAGCCCGAUUCAGCUGGAAAAAUGGCGUGAAUCGACCAGUUUCUCUACCUCUACGGAAUCGCUAGAGAAGCAAAGAGUACACGAUGAGGACAUGUCUCCGUUCUUACCAAACUUUGAUGCCGCUAGAGCUAAAACUCCACGCACCUACGCGGUCACAGAAGCGUUGAUGGAAGCCGAUACAGCUCCUUCGAUUCUUCUUCACGCGGACCAAUCCCCAUUCCUACCGGAAAUUGAAAACAACGCUAGUUUAGUGAAUCGGCUUCAUGAGGGACUGGACCGCCCAGAUGGUGAUGAUGGUGAUUUCCAGCAGCAGUAUCUCGAGGUUUUGCCACUGUCCAAGGAGAGCGAUCGCGGUGAUUACAAGAAACAACUUGACGAAGGUGUUACCAAGACAGUUUAUGUGGCGACAACCAUCAGAACGUACAUUCCAACAACCGAUUCGGAAGAGAUUCUGAUCACAGCUGCUAGCUCUCGCAAUGUUGUUGAACAAACGACUGACAGCGGUGAGGAACAGAUGACCAGUGGUUCCACAGAGCGCGAGGUUGAGGAAACCACGGUUGGUAAAAUAAACACUUCCACCGCUGUUAUAACUUCUACUACUCAAAAAGCAGCCCGAUUGGAGGAAGCUCCAGCUGAGACAGAUGACGUUGAACUGACGACCGCACGAACUGAGGACGUUAAAAUUUCACCAAAGCAACAGGUUGAAGAGUUUUCUGCAACCGAACAAGUUGAGGUCGAUCCAACCACGGUGAAAGAAGAGCCGGUCGAAAAAUCUACUUCUAACCCAACAAACGAAACCGUUGAAGUAGAAACGACAAAGCAAGAAUUGCUGAAUGAUGCAACAACAACUCCUAAGCAAACCACAGAAGUCUCUUUGGCGAAGCUGGAACUAACCGAAGAGCGCGACGCAACUGAUAAGAGUAAUAUCGAGGAAACCACUGUUGCCGACGAAGUAAAAGAGGAAAGUACUGAACCCCAACCGAUGACUACAGUGGAGUCAUCCACUAAAAAGGAAAUAGAAGAAACAACUGUCCAUGUAGUAGUCGUGAAUUCCACGUCCUCAACAACAGAAUCAGUCGUCAGUGGUAAGCUUUCGGAAGCCCCAGUUGAAACUAAAGAACCACUACCAACGACGACUACGACUACGACUACAACUACGACAACUACAACAACGUCGACAAUCGCGAAGCAAGAACCCUCAAGCACAACCGAAUCGCUACCAUCAUCCACAACUGCAGCAGCAGUUGGUGACGUUACCAAAAAUGAUGUCUACGAAAAAACCCUCCAGGAUUUGGAUGAAAACAACGACAUAACCGAAAACGACCUCAAAGUCCUUCCACUUGGGAAAAAACCGCCACCUGGGCCGGACCCGUUAAUACCGUCCGAAUCGACUACCGCCGCUGGCCAGGAUUCCACCUUCGAAACCACGACCGGUCAUUUUUUAGGCAAAACGACGUUUCAUUCGAUUAGAUCAGAACGCUCGAAUGAAACGUCGGUAAUCGGGGCCCGAAAUUCUGAAGAUAACAAAGACUAUGAUGAAUUGGUAGCUGCUAGCGGUAUGUUUUCGAAAUGUGCGAUCGGUCAGUUCGAGUGUACUAAUGGGACCUCGAUUAAGGAUGGCAGUUCGUGCAUCCAGAAGUCCGAGCGAUGCGAUUCGGUUGCACACUGUUCGGACAGCUCGGACGAGCAGGACUGCGAGAAGUUGGGUUGCCCGGGACACUUCCAGUGUAAUGAUGGGUUUUGUCUAGCCCGGCAGCAUGUUUGCGACGGUAUUGUGCAUUGUAACGACGGUAGCGAUGAGUUGGAGUGCGAGCGGUGGGAGUGUAAUUUUGAUGAAAUUCCGUGUAAUUCUGGCGGAGGACGCGGUCCAUGUUUGCCUGCGCAGUGGAAGUGUGAUGGGUUGGAACAGUGUCCUAAUGGGUCGGAUGAAUCGAACUGUCCGGACACCUGCACGAACGAUGAGUAUUUUUGUGUGAGACAACGCAAGUGUAUUCCCGAGGCUUGGAAGUGCGACGGAAAGGCAGACUGUAGUGAUGACGAAGACGAACGGUUAUGCGAUUGUCCGAUGGACAGUUUCAAAUGCAAUGCGGGUGGUUGUGUGCCCAGUGAUUCCGUAUGUGAUGGUAACCCACAAUGUCCGGAUCAUUCCGACGAAUGGGGCUGCUACAGUGUUCAGGGUGGAGUUCUCAAGGUUCGCGUGCAGUCACAACAGUUGGAGCCGGUGUGCGGAGAUGGAUGGACGGAAGAUUUUUCGGACGCUGUCUGUGCCCAGUUAGGCUUCGCCAGUGGAAAGUCAUUCUCGAUCUCAAACGAAACCAGUGGACGAUCGGUUUACCGAUUGGGCAAUGUGAGCGAUGAAAGCUUACUGAAGAGCUUCGAAUUAACUUCGGACUGUGCUUCCGGACUGGUGAAAAUGGAAUGCGAAGAAUAUCGUUGCGGCAGGGAUAGGAUUACGCCUUCAUGGGAUCAGCGGAUAGAUGGGGGAGUGAAAUCCUACACCAACCAGCUUCCAAGCUUGGCACUAGUCUAUAGUAAUAAUGCAGCUAUUAGAUGUACUGCAAAUAUAGUAUCUCCUCGAUGGGCUAUUGCCAGCUACUCGUGCAUUAUGGGCAAAACAGAAUUCAUCAACAGCCGAAUCGUGAGUGAGUUGAAGUGGAAGCUAUUUGCUGGAAACUCGCAGUUCAACGCUUCACUUGUCGAUGGAGAUGGAAAAGCCGACUCGUACCAAGUAGUGGAUGUUCAAAACAUCGUAUUUUAUCCACAGGCCAAGUACCGACAGUUCCUUUACACCGGUGAUAUUGUGUUACUCGAGUUGGCCAAACCACUCCGGUUGAAUGAGAUGGUCGGAAGUGCAUGUCUGGCGGAGCAUGCUGACAUAGAUCCCAAGCAAAUAUGUCUAACUGCUGGUUGGGGCAGUGAUCCGUCGGAUGUGGCCAGCACUGAACAGUAUCUCAAGUAUCUUUUAGUCCCAACAAUGCCCACAAAAACCUGCAACUCUAGCUUACACUACAAUGGAUCAUUAACUGAUGGUACUAUAUGUGCCGGUUAUCUUAGCGGAAAUAAAACCACUUGCUAUAACGAUGAAGGAGCGCCAUUGAUGUGCUAUGUCGAGCACAGCGAGCAGUGGCGCCUCGAAGGAAUUCUCAGCUACCAUGGAAAUUGCGGCAAGCGACCACAUCCGGCCAUCUACAACUCGAUUACCUCGAACGUCUCGACCUGGAUUCGGAACACAGUCGGCAAUGGUUUGAUGUUUGAAAGCAGCCGUCAUGAUUCCGCCAGUACUGCCAGCAGUGCUGCCACAGCAGAAUCCACCUCCAUCAGCAGUGCACUGGCAGUUGAAAGCGAGCGAUAAUGGCGCGCCUUAAUUCUUAGUUCGCUCGCGAAAACUUGUGUAAAUAUUGUGUGUAUUAUAAAGUGAAACUGUGUAGUACGAGAAUGGUAGCGAAGCGAGAUAUGAACCAUUCCAAGUUUGUAUUUAUAGAUAGCAAGUAGUGGUAUAAUAUGAGAGUAUAAUUCUGCGUUUCGAUAGUACGGAGGGGAUGUCUGAUGAGAAAGAGAAACCUAGUCACAAAAGUCGAUUAUUUUGUGCCAAUACCUGAAAUGGACGAGAACAAACUCGGAUUUUCAUCAAAUGAAAGCGAAUCGCGGCGACAAACACAAACAAAAAACAAUGAAAUGUUUGGACUAUUGUUUACGUUACCAAUUUUGAAGCGAUACUGGUGGAAGACAUCGCAGCAUCGGACACUAAAUUUCGGUUUGUUUUUUUUUUUUCAGUUUUUAUUCUGUUCUGUAACACUAAAUAUCAUAAUUUCCUUGUAAAUAUGAUUUACGCUCCCUUAAAAAUACUAGUGGUACUGAAGUGAAAUGAACCUUGAAACAUGAAAUUAGUAUACACAAGAAGAUAAAAUUGAUUAGGAAUGUUCGAAUUGCAAUCUUAGGGUAUAGGAAAAACUUGAAAAUUACCCUUAUAUAAUAGUGUUACGAUAGGAUGAUGUAAUCUGCUUCGGUAUUUGUACGAUUGUAAUCAAUACUCAAAAUUAAAAUGAGAGGUAGAAAUUUUGAUGUUUUGAAUAAUUGAACUGGUUCUGUUGAGUAGUGUAAAGUUAGUUCGAUAAGUUUUUACGGAAUAAUAAAUCGUGAGAGUAGACAGUUUUAA